GCUUUGUAUUGGCUUUUUGGCAGAUGCCUUCUUUACAUGUCGAAAAAAUGUGCUUCUGGCGAAGAGCCCGUCCACCAAGGUAGAGGGCACUUCUGCUGUGGCUGGUGGGAGGUUGGUCCCAGAAGAGCAGGAAGCCCUGCUUCAGCAGUGGCUGGAGGAAGGAUCUGGUGUGCUACACACCAGUGAGAGCACUUCGUCAGUGGGGAAGGUAUCAGCCACACUGACUAGUGACUGGUGUGAAGGCUCAGAGUUAUUGAUGACCAGCCUUAGUGACUUGAAUGUGGCUCCAGAGGUCACGUGGUGCAGUGAUGAGCGUGCUGAUGAGCUCCAUACCUUAGUGUCUUCAGGACGACAGCAGGAUGCAGAAGUUGAAUUGGCAAAAUUAGCAACAGAGGAAACAGUGGCUAUAAUGGGCAAUGCAGAAUGGGCAGCUAUAAAACCACAGACAGAUCAUCAGAUUGCUGGCUGCACCUCUCCAGCCACAGAGAGGCCAAUUGAAGACCCAGCUGUGCUGGGAUGGAGUUUAGCACUUGACACAGACAUUAUGCCAGUGGAAACCCCAGCCUGGUCCUUUCAGGAUAUGAUACAGCUUCAGCCUCUUCCAGUUGAGAUACCUUACCAUGAGAUUUUAUGGAGAGACUGGGAAGAUCUUUCUGUACAGUCCAGUACACCAGAGCCAUGCUUGGAGAAUGCUCCUCUCUUUGAAUUUCGAGUCAUGUCUUAUAACAUUCUGGCCCAGGACCUGGUGGAACAGGGCCCUGAUCUGUACCUGCACUGCCAGCCUGACAUUCUGAACUGGAACUAUCGUCUCCCAAACAUCUUGCAGGAGAUACAGCACUGGGAUCCUGAUGUUCUGUGUCUCCAGGAGGUACAAGAGAAUCAUUACUGGGAGCAGCUGGAGCCAACAUUAAGGAUGAUGGGCUUUGUGAGCUUCUACAAACGGAGAACAGGGAAAAAGACAGAUGGCUGUGCAGUGUGCUACAAGCAUGCCAGGUUCCAGUUGGUCAGUGUCAGCCCUAUUGAAUACUUCCGGCCUGGUCUGGACAUCCUCAACCGGGACAACGUGGGUCUGGUGCUGCUGCUGCAGCCCUUACUCGCAGAAGGCAUGGAACAGAAAACAGCCAGUCCCUUGUGUGUGGCCAACACUCACAUGCUGUAUAAUCCCCGCCGGGGAGAUAUCAAACUUGCACAGAUGGCCCUGCUCCUAGCAGAGAUUGACAAGGUUGUGAAGACUGUUGAAGGCAGCUACUGCCCUAUCAUCCUGUGUGGAGACUUGAAUUCUGUACCCGAUUCUCCGUUAUACAGGUUCAUCCGGAAUGGUCACCUCGCUUACCAUGGGAUGCCAGCCUGGAAGGUAUCUGGACAGGAAGACUUCUCCCAGCAGCCACACCCACGGAAACUACUAACACCACUCUGGCCCAGCUCUCUGGGUAUAACAGAAAGCUGCCAGUAUGUCACUCUUUGCCAGCCAAAAAAAUCAAAUAGAUGCAAGUACAGCCGGGAUUUCCUGCUGCAGUUCCGUUUCUGUGAUGCUGCCUGUGAACGACCUUCAGAUCUGGUCCUGCUGGAGGGUGUGACAGAUGCUAAACCAGAACGUCCUACUUAUCGGGCCAAGCACCUUGCCAUGGGGGAUGACCCUCAUCUAGAGCCAUUCUUCCCAAGGUCUUCAGGUGUAAUCCAGCAUGGCCUUAACUUGACCUCUGUGUACAGUCACUUCUUGCCUCAGAGAGGUUACCCUGAGGUCACAACUAUGCCUAUGGGCCUUGGAGCCACGGUUGAUUAUAUUUUCUACUCAGCAGAGCCCACUGAGAAUAGGAACAAAGCGGGUCGCAGGCUGUAUCGAGAUGGAGCCCUGAAGCUGCUUGGCCGCCUAUCCCUUCUCUCUGAAGAUGUUCUGUGGCUAGCAAACGGUUUACCCAAUCCUUUCUGUUCAUCCGAUCACCUCUGUUUGUUGGCUAGCUUUGGCCUGGAGAUCUCCAGCCUCUGAAAGAGGAAAGUUCUGUGGUCCCCUCUCCCCUGAUCAGAAGAGUUGAUCUGAAUGCAGAAAUCAUGCAUCUGGAGCCCCAAUUUGCACAUGGGGAAAUUCUCUCCUGCUCCCCCCAAAUUCCUGUUUUUGAGGUUCUCCUCUUCUUCUCUGUAAUGGGAGUUUGGUGGGCAGGGGAGAUUGCAGUUAUUGCUAAUCCACAGGGCUCCAGUGGUCUAAGCUCCAUUGCUGACUGAUGUCCAGUUGUACUCUGGCUGCACCCUCUCUUAAAUGGACCCUGGCAAUUAACUCCCCUUUUGUCCUGCUUUGGCCUGUUUUAGUGCUGCAGGAGCCAAGACUCCCUCUUGUUUACUUGUCUCUUCUCCAACUCCUUGGAGCUAGGCCAGAAGAGAUGCAGAUUUGACAGAAUAUGGGUUUUUUUUAAAUUGACUGUUUGCUGCCAAGCAGCAUGGGGCGCUUGCAUCCAUUUUCGUUCAUGCCAAAGUGGCGUUUCUUUUAAUUUCUCAGCAAGAAGAUAUGAAAUGCAGCCCCUUUAAGCUAUACCCAGGAGUUUAGGUUUUGUAGGCAGGAACAGGCUUGGUGACUGCUCAGUAACAGAACUGAGAUGACCUCCACCCAGUGAUGCCUAAGGGUAUUCUGUAUUGGGCGUACUCUGUUCUAAACCCAGCGCACAUGCCACAGGGUGAGUUCCUGAACUCCUUUUCUGUAGGGGAUAUCUACACUUAUGACCCACUGCACCAAUGACAUCUGAAACUAGAAUUGGUAUUAUAUGGAGGCCACUGUUUUGCUCUGAUGAGCUGUCAAACCACCGUAGCAGAGGCCUAAAAUCCUUGGGAAGGCUUCCAGUACUUCUUCCCUGACUCUCAGAACAGUUUCUGUUCUCUCAUACCUGCAAGCUUUAGAGACGGAUUUGUCGAGAUCCUUCUUCAGAGGAGAAAGUGGUGCUCUCUGGCUAGAUAAGAAAGGAGAGUACUUAGAGGCUGUAGCCCUGUUUAUUCACAGAACAGUGCUGAAGACAGCUGUGGAGCCCGGUAAGCAGAACCAUUUGGCUGGAAAUGCUGCAUCUACCUCCUCCUCCCGUUCCUGUCAGUCUGCACUUCCUCUAUCCUCCCCAAGCCCCAGCUGUUCCCUUUGACCUACCUCCUGGCCCAGACAGUGUCAUAUAACAUCAUUGCCUUUUUCUGGAACUUGCCCUUCCCUAGGUUGGUGAGCUGAUAAAGCUACUCCCCUGACAUUGAUGUGGAGGCCUGUGUGUUUUGGAGCCAAAGUUUCAAUAGUUGGAUCCAUUGUAGCUUUAAUGUCAUGUUUGUUAAUAUAAUUAUUAAUCAUUAAUAACUUGUUACUUCUGUUAAGUGUUGGAACUGCCCUCUUACCCACCCACUCUUUCCCCCUCCCAGUGGGGCAGAAGUGCCAAGCUGGCUUGGCUUCUGGGGCUCAGCUUUUUUAUUAGUGUGGUGUGAGAAAUAUUGGUCUCAAAGAGUUCCCUCCUCUUAAAAAAUAUUUUGGGGUUGAAAAGGCUGACCCCACCUCAGCCAACUUUCUGGGGUAGGUUGUGGGAAGCUUGAAAUAACUAAACUUUUGUCUAGAAUAUUUGAAAAGUACAUUUGGGAGGGUUCAUUGUUUUAAAUGUUACUUUCUUACGCGUUUGAAAAAUAAAAUUUUAGAAUGUCAGAACAUUGCAUGGUCAGUGCACCUGCUGGGGCUCCUUGGGGGCACAGCCGCCUCCUUCUAGGGGCCUGAUUACACCCUGAGGUUCUGUUAGCCAGAGAUGUGGAAGAGGGUCAGGUUUUGUGCUAUGAGCUGUGUGAGGGUGGUGGCAAUGAGGAGGGAGAGAGUGCUUGGUUGACAAGUUAUCAGCUUAGGCCUAUUCAUAUCAAACCGGGCAUCAGGAGUCUUGGCUGUUGCUGUUGUUUCCUCCCGCACAGCCCCAAAAUCCUAGCAGUGACCUGUUUGUGAAACAGCUUUCUGUGCAAGCUCAGUCUGGGAACCCCCUCCCUCACCCAUCAUGCAAUCAAGGAAACCCACUGAACUACUGCUGGUUUCUAGAGUCACUGGCCAACUUUCAGAUUGUAUCAGCAGCCUCUGGUUCCCCUUAGUGAACCCUAAUCUUUUCUUCAUUCUGUGCUAGGGUAGAACUGUGCUUGUAUACUGUCUCCACCUUUCAUCACAUACUUAUGGGGUGAUCUCUGCUUGCCAGUGUAUGAGUGGAUGCAUUUCUACUCCUGCUGUGGGAAACUGUGGGCGAGUAGGAAACUUGUUCCUCAGAGUGUGUGUGGUCUUUCUGAAAAGUCAUUUGGUGACUAGGUUUGCAUUUGCCCUCUCUCUUGCUUUCUGUAGUACCUCCUGGCCCAACUAACAUUGAUAUUUUUAGGAUGAUGAUUGGGGAUUGAGCAGAGAACUGUUAGCUACUGGAACAUGCAUAGAAUUCUGUUUGUUUUAUUAAUUGCUGCAGUAGUUUUUAUUUUGACUUUUGUGACUGGUGUGCUUGUUCACAAAUAUAAACCCAAUCCAUGUAACCUGCCUGAGAACACCCAUUCCUACACCAGACUGUUUCUAAGGCCUACCUGAAUCUAAAAAGUUUAGUUUGUACUAAAAUGGUCACAGGCUGGACAUGUUCAAAAGGAUGAAAUUGUGGGAAUUAGGUGAAACCCUCCAAAAUUCAAAGUGCUCGGAGUCAUGUGACAAAGUGCAAAGUAUUUGAACUCAACUGAUGUUGGUAGCCACUGCUUAAGUAAAGGUUGCAGAGUAUUUACUUCAAAGAUGCUGGCUCAGAUCCUAUUAUUGAGAUUCAGUUACUUUUGAUUUUUGAGUCAGCAAAAUUCAGGAAUCAAUUUUUAACCAAUAGAUUUGACAUAAGAAUCUGACCAACAAUUUAAAAUGCUCAGACUUU